GGUAUAUAAGUACAGACAGACAUGGCAUCCUCAAAUCCAUCAUUCAAGCUAGCACUUUUCUUCUAUCCUCCACUUGAGAUCUCACCCCAACGUCUCUACCUUGACUACUUCUCUCCACUCUCAAUACCUUCUCACAUCGCACACAAUGGCUCCUCAACUCGCCUGGCUGGGCCUUGGUAACAUGGGCCGCGGCAUAGCCAAAAACCUCGCUGCCAAAGGCUCCCUCGCCACCCCCCUAAUCAUCUACAACCGCAACAUCACCCGCGCCCAAGAAUUCCAAGCCGCGACUCCCAACACCACCAUCGCCAACACCGUCUCCGAAGCCGUCACCAAGUCCGAUAUCAUCUUCACCUGUGUCGGCGACGACGCCGCCAUCCAAUCCAUCAUCGACGCCAGCAUCGCCAGCGGCUCCCCUCUCACCGACAAGCUCUUCGUCGACUGCUCCACCGUCCACCCUGACACUACAACCUCCAUCUCCGAGAAGCUUCAAGCCAAGGGUGCUCGCUUCGUCGCCAGUCCCGUCUUCGGUGCCCCUCCCAUGGCCGCCGCCGGCCAAGUUAUCCCCGUCCUGGCGGGUCCCCGCGUAGCCGUCGAGCAGGUCAAGCCCUACACGACUGGGGUUAUUGCCAAGGCGGUUGUGGAUUUCAGUGAUCAGCCUCCGGCUAAGGCAUCGCAGUUGAAGAUUCUUGGUAACACCUUUGUGUUGGGUAUGGUCGAGAGUAUUGCGGAGGGAUUGGUGGUUGCGGAUAAGUGUGGACUGGGCACGGAUGCUCUGCAUCAGUUCUUUGAGGCUGUGUUCCCCGGCCCCUAUGUGGCUUACUCGGCUAGGAUGAGGUCCGGUGAUUAUCAUGAGCGGAAGGAGCCGUUGUUUGCGGUUGAUCUGGCUCGGAAGGAUGCUCGUCAUGCGAUGGAUUUGGCGGGUAAGGUGGGCGCCAGGAUGAAGGGAGUUGAGUUGGCCGAUGACUACAUGGCGAAGGUGAAGGAGCAUAUGGGUGAGAGGGGAGAUGUUGCGGGUAUGUAUGGCGCUGUGCGCCAGGAGGCGGGAUUGAAGUUCGAGAAUGCUCAGUAGGUUGAUGUUGAGCCACCUCUUCUGCCUACGGGACCUUACAUCUUAUCUACCUACCAACCAACCAUCGUCUUAAGAUCUAGACCAUAUACAUAUACUUGAAUCCAUUUCUGCCCUGUUUCUUGAGCGUUAAUGUGGUUUGACGAGCUAGCUGAAUUGAGCAGGUCACCUUUGUCUUCUCACCUUUCAUCACCACAUUGUAGAAUUCCAUCAAUUUGACAAAUCCAAGUCAUUUAAAGUGCUCCC